AGCCUUAAGAUUGGUUGGCUCGUGUUUAACCGCAUGAUACUCUGGUUUACGAGGAAUUGUAAUAAAUAUUGAAAAGAAAAAACGUUGUCUGUGUUAAGUUUGUAAAAUAUAUCCACGUUUGUGAUGAAAAUGAUUGGCAACCCUCUUAUCAACAUCUAUUGUGUUUUUUUUGUCUCUGUCUGUCUUUAAAAACCUUUUAAAUCUUUGAAAAUCAAGUUGAUUUUUCUUUAGUUCUAGUAAACUUUAUUUUUGGUUUUCACUAAAAAACCGAACCCAAGGUUUCAACACUUCUAAGUUUCCACACUUUAUACAGUUCCUUGCGGAUAAUGCCAAAUGCAUCCUCAGAAGUUAAUUUCCGGCUCACUGGACUUCACUCGUAACAGUUAAUUUUGCUAGACUGCGAACAUGCUCAUAGAUUUGUCUGCCGCCGAACAAUGUGCAGAUCAAUGAUUAGUGAGGGAUUUCCAUGAGAGAUGUUGUAGCAUAAGCCAACAUUGCGCAGGCACUAUUGUCGUCGGUAAAUAUAAAGUAUUUGUACGAACCUAUCUCCAUUUAAAGCGGUAAUGGCACAAAAAGCGCUAAAUGGUUCAGUUGUGGGCGAUGAAAGUUUCCUGCGAAUACGAAUAAUAAAUUUCGUAUUUUUAUUUGCAUCGAUUACAACUGUACAGUAAGAGCGCAGGAGGGCAGUGGAAACUGAACAUUUUUUUUUUAAAAGGAGGCGACGUCAUUCCUAUUUUAUAGAAGUUGAAGACUAAAUGAAACCUGUCGUAAACAUGUUAAUAGCCGUUUUUAAAACAAGAGUUUAUUAACCUUUUAAUGCACAUUGUUGCCAAUUGUCUACAAUCCAGUUCCACUUAAUUUUAUUCAAAACCUUAGGACGUGCAUUUCCGAACGCACGUUGAUAACCAUAGACAAUAAAUCAUGUGCGAAAGAAAAAUCUUGACAUUACUUUUGGUUAUGUUUUUGUGACAUUUGAGUGGUGAGCGAUAAUGUUUAGUGCGUGGUUUGGAGAGAUUUUUCUAUUCUCGAGUUUACUACAAACAAGCGAUUUAUCUAAUUGAAAAAGAAUUAUCUCUCAUCCUUAAUCAGGAUGUCUAGGCGACUAAAAGAUAAAGAUGUCGAGGAUUUACUCGCAAGACUUGAAAAUGGAUAUAUUUCUGAAGACGAAGAGGGUAUCGAUGAUUUAAACGAAUUUGAUUAUUACCCAGACGUACACGAUCUAAUGAAACAAUUUGAAGACAAUAAUGAUUAUGACGAAGAACAAGAUAAUGAAAAUCAUCCCUUACCUGAUCUUGGCGUUGCAGCUUGGAGGCAACGAAAUGGCGAACUUAUAUCGAAGAAGUGCAAUUUGCAAUGUAGUGAAGAACGCAGAGAUUUCAUAGGAAAUGCAGAUGUUUCCCUACGAUUAGCCGCACUCGAAACUCCAUUCCAAUUUUUCACCGAAUUUAUAAGUGAGGAUAUACUCAAUGUCAUUGUCGAACAAACGAAUUUGUACAUCAAGCAAAAAAAUUUAUCCAAUUGUCCUCCUGUAAAUGCUACUGAAAUCCGUCAAUUUCUAGGUAUCAUUAUAUUUAUGUCCGUGUACCACUGCCCAAAUGUUAGAUCCUAUUGGGGUAAAUAUGGCUUCGAUCAUAUACAACAGACAAUGACGGUAAAUAGAUUUGAGAAGAUAAGAUCCGUAAUUCAUUUCAAUGAUAAUGCACAGCACAAGCCUGUUGACCACCCAAAUCAUGACUGUCUUCAUAAAAUAAGACCUGUUGUGGAACACUUAAAUAAAUUGUUCAUUAGUGUGGCACCACUUGAUCAGAGGUUCUCUCUAGAAGAGCAAACGCCUUCUACUAAGAUGGCGCGUUUUAUGAAACAGUACUUAUCCAACAAAUCCUAUAAAUGGGAUUUCAAGUUAUUUGUUUUGUGUUCACUAUCUGGAUUUGCUUAUAACGGCUUUUUGGGUAGAUAUAGUAUCAGAAUCAAAAGUCGCAAGUGGUACAUUAGAUUCUUUUAUUAUAUGAUUGAUAUGACAGUGAUCAAUUCAUGGGUAUUGUAUAAAAAAAACAAUCCAAACCUCACAUUAGGUGAUUAUAGAUCAGAACUGGCAGAGACAUUGUGCUCUUAUAAAAAGUGUGAUGAGAAUAAGAGAGCAAGACCCAGUAACCUAGAAAGGGAGAUAGAAGCUAAAAAACACCGAGGUCCCACAAAGCCUAUCCCACCAAAAGAUAUACGGACUGACGGUAUAGGCCAUGAUGAAAAAAGAUGCAGUUCUAAAAAUAGAUGCAAACUUCCAGGUUGCAAAGGAUUUUCACGUACUGAGUGCAUCAAAUGCAAGGUUACUUUGUGCCACAACAAAAAUCGCAAUUGCUUUGCCAUAUUUCAUUCAUAAUCGCUAUG